AUGAAUAUUAUACGUAGUAUUCAGAGUAUAGGAAGUACUUUAGUGUACGAUAAAGAAUUACUUAGUAAUGAUAUAUGUACAGUAUAUUCUGGUUAUUAUAAUAAUAAGGAGUGUACUAUAUUUAAGUAUAAGUGUAAUACAGAUAAGAUAUACCCAUUAUUAAGAUAUAUUGAUACAUUAGAUAUACUACCAAGACUUUAUGAGUAUAGUAGUAAAUAUAUUGUAACAGAGAGAAUAUAUCCAUAUAAAAAUAGUACACAUAGUGUAAUAAAUAAUAAUUAUAACACAGUGUGUAAUAAUAAUACAUUAAAUAGUACACAUAGUGUAAAUAAUAAUGAUAUAUUUACUGAGUAUAUAAAUAGUAUUAUAAGUACAAUUAAUAGUACGCUAUUAAAUAAUAACAAUAUAAUAUUAGUAUCAAUGUAUAAUAUAAAGGAUGGUAAUUUAUAUAUGAAUAAUUAUGAUACAGUGUGUAAUAAUAAUACAGAAUAUAAUACGCAUAGUGUAAAAAGUAAUAAUUAUAGUACAGUGUGUAAUAAUAAUACAGAAUAUAAUACGCAUAGUGUAAAUAAUAUUAAUAAGGGCUGGGAAUAUUUACUUAGUAAUAAGUCUAUUUCUUUAUGGUCAUUGUGUAAUAAUUGUAAAUAUAAUGAUAAUUGUGUAAUAAGUAAUGAAUUAUUUAUUAAACCUUCUGAUAUAUUCUAUGAUAUAAAUUAUAACACAAAGUUGAUGAUAUUUCCAGUAUUUACUGAUCAUUGUGUAAUAAGUAAUUCUAUUAAUAUUAUAACAGUAAUUAAUUAUUUAUUACACAACAGAAUAUAUUACACAUUGUAUAUUAUAUUAUUAUAUAAUAAAAACACAUUACCUGAGUAUUAUUGUAUGUCCGUUAUAAAAAAACUACUAGAUGAAAUAGAAAGUGUAAGAGACAAAGACUUAUACUACAUAGUAGACAAAGUUAUAGGUAAUAAUAUAGAAAGAAUUAAUAACACAAUGUGUAAUAUAUUAGACAAAGAAUAUAAAUUAGGAAAUUUAUCACAUGAUGAAAUAUUAUUUAUAUUCAGUAAAAUUUUUAAAAAAAAUAACGAAGAUUUUGAUAUCGAAAAAAACAAAAAUAUUAGCAAAGGAAGUUCUGGUAUAUUCAGUAAGUUUAUUAAAACCAUAAAAAAUGGAAAUUCUGUAAGUAAGAAUAAAGAAAAAGGUCACCCAUCAGGAUAUCUUAACAGUAAAAAUAUUAAAGACACUGAUAAAGUAUCUGGUGGUGUACAUCAGGAUAGUAAUACUGUAUUAUUAGAGAGUGAGAUGAUUGUAUGUCCUAUGUGUAUUAAUGUGAGAAAUAAAAAUAGAAAAAAUAAAAAUAUUCCUAAUAAGGAAAAGCCGUUAAAUACCGUUAUUUCUAAAAAAGGAAAUACUUCGCCAAAUAAAAAUUUAAAUACAAAAAAAUCAGGCAAUAACCCGAGUAACCCGGAUAUUUCUGAUAUAAUCAGUAUAAUAUUCUUGUUGUCACCGAGUUCUCCUUCUAUUCUAAUAAGGAAUAAGCCAGCAUACGUCUUAAUUAAGUACUUUACAGUGCAUUUGUAUAAUUUAUCGAUUACAGAUAUAAAUGAACUAUUUUUAAUUUUAUCAAAAUCACAAAUAACACCUGAAAUAUUAGAAUUAUUUUUUUAUGGAUUACCCGUUUUGUCAUCUCCAAAUAAGGUAAUUUUCAUAAAUAUUUUAAUAAGUAAUAUAUCCUUAAUAAGAAUAGAAUAUAUUUAUAAGUACAGUAGCAUAUUAAUAGAAAUACAAAAUAUUUUCAAAUUAAUAAUUCCGUUAUUAUUAAGUGAAAAGUAUAAAAUCGGUGUAUAUUUAGUAUUUAUACAUAUAAAUAGGAUAGAUAUAAGUGGUAUUCAAGAGAUAUUAACGGUUUUAAUUAAAAAAAUAGACCAAGAAAGGAUAUCUGUUAUAAAAUACGUUAUAAAUUACUUAGAUGAAAAUUUUUGCAAUAAAAAAUGGAGUAUUUUCAAAAGCACCAUCAAGGAUCAGAAAAAAAUGAAAAAAGAAGAGAAAGAGCGUGCCUGGUUAGGGAGAAAGGAGAAAAGAAACAAAACUUGGACAGAAUUUAUAGAGAAUGAGAAGAAAAGGUUCUCAGGCGAAUGUACACCCACAGAAAAUCAUAAAGAAAAAGAAAAGGGAUGGGAAAAUAACGAAUGGUAAAUUAAUUACUAUAUUAGGAAAUAAAAUAAAAAUUUAUAUCAUAUACAAUAUAAUACACAAUGCAUAAUAAGUACAUA